CUAAAAUUUGAUUCCAAGAAAGCGACAAGAACCAAAUGACCAAUUCCAAGUUUCAAGCUUAUGAGAAGAAAAGAAACAGCCAACCCAUUUUUUUCAUCUCUAGAUCUUCCUCUGUAGUCGGAAACCAGAAACCAGAGACCUGAUUGUUUCUCUGCAAAAAACCAAUAAUCAACUGUUUUUCUUAUUCUCAUUCCCUAACAAUCAGCCUCUCUCUCUGUGUUUCAAUACCCAACAAAGCACAGCUUUCAAUUUUCUCGAUCUCUGAAAAAAUGCCUUCUCCAAUCCUCCCUGUAACUGUAAAACAAUCGCCCGAACACUCCUUUCUUGACCCAUCUCCUUCCCUAUCCCCACCCACCUCCGCAAACUCCAUAAUGUUACUAAAACAAGAGAUUCUUGAUGACCCAACAGCCAGGCUUUUGAUUUCUUCUCCUUUUGAUGAAGAAACUGCUGUUUCCACUAAGCCUCUUUUGUCCCGGUCUUCUAGUUUUGUAGGUACUACCACCAUAGCUUUUACUUCUGCAAAUUCUUAUCAAAAGAGACGCCGAAGGAUCGCUAGUGAUACUUCCCUCCCUUCCCUUUCUGAUACAGGUAGUCCUCGCCAAUCCGUUAGUCGUGAAAUCGGUCAUGCCGCUGCCGAGACGUUUCUGCUUACUAGAUUGAGUCUGAAGCUCUUAAGAUAUCUAGGGGUAGGCUACAAAUGGAUCAUGAGAUUCCUUGCCCUUGGGUGUUACUCUUUGAUGCUUUUGCCAGGUUUUAUCCAAGUUGGAUAUUAUUAUUUUUUCUCUAGUCAGGUCCAGAGAAGUAUAGUAUAUGGUGAUCAACCAAGAAAUAGGCUUGAUUUGUAUUUACCAAAAAAUACUGAUGGGCCAAAGCCAGUUGUUGCAUUUGUAACUGGGGGGGCCUGGAUUAUUGGUUAUAAAGCAUGGGGUUCUCUUUUAGGUAAGCAGUUAUCAGAAAGAGAUAUCAUGGUGGCUUGUAUAGAUUACAGAAAUUUCCCUCAGGGAACCAUGAGUGACAUGGUGAAGGAUGCUUCUCAAGGCAUCUCAUUUGUGUGCAAUAACAUUGCUCAAUAUGGAGGUGAUCCUAACAGGAUUUAUUUAAUGGGUCAGUCAGCUGGUGCACAUAUUGCUGCUUGUGCUCUGGUGGAGCAGGCAAUCAAGGAGACCAGUGAAGGAGAAAGCAUUACUUGGAGUGUUUCCCAGAUUAAGGCUUAUUUUGGUCUAUCUGGAGGGUACAAUUUGUUGAACCUGGUAGAUUACUUCCACAGCCGUGGUUUGUACCGUUCCAUCUUUCUAAGCAUAAUGGAAGGAGAAGACUCUUUACGAAGAUUUUCUCCUGAAGUAAUUGUACAGGACCCCACCUUAAAGAAUGCAGUUUCUCUCCUACCUCCUAUUAUUCUUUUUCAUGGUACUGAUGAUUAUUCCAUUCCAUUUGAUGCCAGUAAAAAUUUUGCUGAAACUCUUCAAAGAGUUGGAGUUAGAGCUGAAUCAAUUUUAUAUGAAGGGAAGACUCAUACGGAUGUGUUCCUUCAGGAUCCAAUGAGAGGUGGCAAAGAUCAGAUGUUUGAAGAUUUAGUUGCAAUCGUUCAUGCUGGAGAUCCAGAAGCCCAGGAAAAAGAUGCAGGGGCUCCUCCAAGAAGACGUCUUGUUCCUGAAUUCAUGCUACAGGUGGCGCGCAGAGUCAGCCCUUUCUAACUGUUCCCAAACACUUUUAACUUCCCAACUACUAACCAUAAAACCCCAACUGAUGUAAAUAUCACUAAUGGGAGUUGAUCAUUUUUCAUCAUCUGUUUCGUGUGGCUUUUACACUCGUCUUCCUCUUGUUGUUGUUCUUCUUAUUUUAAUAUUUUUCCCAUAUAGAUGGAGGGUUCCUUUCUUUA